AUGGCAGGCGGCGGCGGUCCAGCCUCUGGCGCUAUCUCCCCGCCUUUGGGCCAGGCCUAUGGCUACGGCAUUGUUGUUGGCCUUGGCUUUUUGUUCUCCUUUUUGAUGAUUUUCUUGACUUGGGUUUUGAAGAGAUAUAACAAUGAGUCUCAAACCUCGGAAAUGUUCAACACAGCUGGCAGGACCGUCAAGUCUGGCUUGGUCGCUUCGGCAGUCGUCUCUUCCUGGACAUGGGCCGCUACGUUGCUGCAGUCUUCUGGCGUGGCCUACCGAUACGGCGUGUCUGGUCCUUUCUGGUACGCUUCAGGAGCUACCGUUCAGAUCAUUCUCUUCGCAACGCUCGCCAUUGAACUAAAGAAGCGAGCUCCCAACGCACAUACCGUCCUCGAGGUUAUUCGUGCCCGAUAUGGCCGAGUCACUCAUUGUGUAUACAUCUGCUUCUGCCUGUUUACCAACAUCCUGGUCACUUUGAUGCUUAUCGUGGGUGGCUCAGCCGUGAUGACAUCUCUGACCGGCAUGUCUACCGAAGCUGCUUGUUUCUUGAUUCCCCUCAGUGUAGUUAUCUACACCACUUUUGGCGGAAUCAAAGCCACAUUCCUCAGCGACUACAUCCACACCGUCAUUGUCAAUGUUAUCAUAAUCAUUUUUGCAUUUACUGCUUAUUCGACGGGCAGCAGGUUGGGAUCCCCCUCGGUGGUGUACGAUCGCCUUGUGGCCGCGGCAGCUUCACACCCGGUGGAUGGAAAUGCGCAAGGGUCCUACCUGACCAUGCAAUCCAGAGAAGGGAUCGUCUUUUUUGUGAUCAACAUUGUGGGGAAUUUUGGAACUGUGUUCAUGGACAAUGGAUACUACAACAAGGCCAUUGCGGCGUCCCCUGUCCACGCCCUUCCGGGAUAUAUCAUCGGCGGUCUAGCUUGGUUCGCAAUUCCGUGGCUUUGUGCUACAACAAUGGGACUCUCCGCCCUGGCUCUUGAGGGCAGCCCGGCGUUCCCAACCUAUCCUGACCGAAUGUUGCCUGCCGACGUCACGGCGGGUCUGGUUCUGCCCUAUGCGGCCGUGGCGCUUCUUGGGCAGUCGGGUGCCGUUUGCACAUUGAUCAUGAUCUUCAUGGCCGUGGCCUCGGCUUUCUCGUCCCAGCUGAUUUCAGUCUCUUCCAUCGUCACAUACGAUAUUUACCAAACAUAUAUCAACCCAUCUGCAAAAGGCAAGAAUCUUAUCGCCGUCUCACACAUUAGUGUCUGCGCCUAUGGUCUCAUAAUGGCCGGUUUUUCGGUUGGCCUUCACCAUGCCGGUAUUUCUAUGGGAUGGCUCUAUCUUUGGAUGGGUGUCAUGAUCAGCGCUGCCGUGAUUCCAGCUACCCUCACCCUAUUCUGGAAGCGACAAAACAGGGUCGCGGCCGCGGGCGCUCCCGUCCUCGGCCUCAUCUGCGCCCUUGUGGCAUGGACCGUCACAUGCUCACGUGAGUUCAACGGCGUGCUCUCCAUUGAGAACCUCGGAUCCAACAGCCCCAUGUUGGCAGGCAACGUUGUGGCCCUCCUGAGUCCCAUCGUGUUUGUGCCGGUGCUCACAUUCGCCUUUGGUGCCGACGACUACAACUGGGCGUCCAUGGCCGCGAUUGAACAAGCCGACGACGACAAGAGCCCCUCGGGCCCUGAGGGCGGCGAGCUGGAGAGCGGUAGCGACCGGCCUGCCGGCGCUGCUCCUGGCUUCACGGUCGUGGCGCCCGAGCAGGACAUGGCCAAGCUGCACAGGGCGUCCAGGAUCGCCAAGUGGCUCACCUGCCUGAUGUCCAUUUCGUUCCUGGUCCUCUGGCCCAUGCCCAUGUACGGGUCCGGCUACGUCUUCUCCAAGCCUUUCUUCACCGGCUGGGUUACCGUCGGCAUCAUCUGGAUCUUUGCCAGCACCGGUGCCGUCGGCGUCUUCCCGCUCUGGGAGGGCCGCUACAGCAUCUUGCGCGUGACCAAGGGUAUGCUGGGCAUGAAGACCAAGAGCAGUGGUUCGGGCGAACCAAUCGAGGGAGUGGUUGCGUACGAGUCAAAGACCGGGUCGGAGGAAAAGAAGCAGGAGGACUAG